CCACUUUAACACAUAUUUUGUUAAGACAGAGUGAGAGCAAGAAAGAGAGAGAGAGAGAAACAGAGAGGGAGAGAAACAGAGAAAAACAGAGAGAGAAGCCAGAACACCACUCCAGCACAUGCAAUGCCAGAUAUUGAACCAGUAACCUCUAACACACAAGUCCUCUAUGGUACCAAUUGAGCUCUUUCCCUGGUCACUAAAAACUCAUUUUAUAUUACAAGAUGGAAACAUCUACAGAGUCACUUAUGUGGCAUCAAAUUCUGCAAAACAGUCACUAUAAUAAGGGUGCACAGGAGGGAAGAGGCAGGACUUGGGGACCAAGUGGAGCCAGCAGGAGCUAGAGGAGCAGCCAAGAACCCCAUCCUGAACAGCAGACCCAUCCAGCAGAGCACCUGAGCCCAUCUGACCCAUGCCAUGCCUCUAAGCCCCAAUGCUCUCUCUUGUGCAGACAAGAUGCAGCAUCUGUGUGUGUGCACUUUGAUCUUUGCACUGGUCCUGGCCACAUUCUCUGAAGCUUCUUGGAAGCCUGGUACCCGUCUGCAGGAUGCACCCUCAGAUCCAGGAUCCAACAGCGGCCUGGAGCCACAGAGGCUGAAUCCACUGCACCCAGCCUCUCACCACCGAAGGCAACUGCAGCGGCCCCCACAUCUGGUGGCAGACCUUUCCAAGAAGUAUAGCCCAUGGGUGGAGGAGGAGGAAGAAGCAUAUGGAUGGAUGGACUUCGGCAGACGCAGUGCUGAGGAAGAGGACCAAAGCAUCUAGAACUAAACCCCAGAGUCCAGCCCAGCCUAUCCUAGGCCAGCCUCAGCCACAUGAAAAGCCAAUCAAAAUAAACUAGCUUCCAAUA